AUGAUGCAGUAUCAAAAACCUGGGAAAAAUGAUUUUGGGACAAUUUUCAGUGAAUUGUUGCCAAACAAUUUUGCAAAACUUCAACCACUAGCAAAUAAAGAAUUAAAAGAUGGUUUAGAAGUUAAAGUACAACUUGGCUCAGUAUGGAAAGAGGGUUUAAAUGAAUUAAGUGGUGGACAAAGAUCACUUAUUGCAUUAUCAUUGAUUUUGGCUUUAUUACAAUUUAAACCAGCACCAAUGUACAUUCUUGAUGAAGUGGAUGCAGCUCUUGAUUUAUCACAUACACAAAACAUUGGACAGCUGUUACGAACUAGAUUUAAAGGAUCACAAUUUAUUGUGAUAUCAUUAAAAGAAGAAUUAUUUAAUAAUGCUAAUGUUUUGUUUAUUGCAAGAUUUAGAGAUGCUACAUCAAUUGUCGAAAGAAAAACAAGAGCUUAA